UAACAAAAGGCCUUCAGAGUCUCUUCCAUCUUCCCUAAAGCUCAAACCUUUCACUCCUCCCCAAAUCCCUAAUUUUCCAUCCUCUCUCUGCAACCAAAACCCAAUUCACGAUGACCAAGCAACACGCCAAUUGGUCCCCCUACGACAACAAUGGCGGAUCCGUGGUGGCGAUUGCCGGAGCUGACUACUGUGUGGUGGCCGCCGAUACUCGUAUGUCGACCGGUUACAGUAUUCUGACCCGCGGCUACUCCAAAAUCUCCAAACUAGCAGAUAAAGCUUAUAUGGCUUCGUCUGGUUUUCAAGCUGAUGUAAAAGCUUUACAGAAGCAUUUGUCAGCUAAGCACUCGAUUUACCAGCAUCAGCAUAACAAGCAAAUGAGCUGCCCUGCUAUGGCUCAACUACUUUCCAAUACUCUUUACUUCAAACGCUUCUUUCCAUACUACGCCUUCAAUGUUUUGGGUGGUCUUGACAACGAAGGUAAGGGUUGUGUCUUCACAUAUGAUGCUGUUGGUUCCUAUGAGAGGGUUGGAUAUAGUGCCCAAGGCUCUGGUUCCACACUCAUCAUGCCUUUCUUGGAUAACCAACUGAAGUCUCCCAGUCCUCUCUUGUUGCCUGCUGUGGAUGCUGUAACACCUCUUUCUGAAGGAGAAGCAAUUGAUUUGGUCAAAACUGUUUUUGCAUCUGCCACCGAGAGGGAUAUAUACACUGGAGACAGUCUUGAAAUCACUGUCCUCAAUGCUAAAGGCUCUCGUACUGAAUACAUGGAUUUAAGGAAAGAUUGAGUUGUACUCAGAACCAGGCUGCUGGUUUUGAGCAAGGCAGAAGAUUGGAGUUUCAUACUACACCCUUUGUUCGUAAAUUAAGACAUUUCAUUCAGUGAUCUUAUCACUGUCAAUUGUGGUUUAGCUUUUGAUGAAUCCAAUUUGAAAACCCCCCAUCUAGUUAAUCAAAAUGUUGCAGUUCUGCUGCCUGUACUAAGCCUGAUUAUAUAUGCAGCUCACUUUUUACAUUUAUCCAAUUGCGUUUGGUGUUUACAGAUUUCAUGUAUUAUUAGAUGACAUCGAUAUCUUUUGUUGGAAAUCAGUCUAAGAGAUAUUUGGUAUCUUUGUUA